AUGGAGAGGCCCGUGCUGACACUGGGGCUGCUGGCCACCCUGGUUGUGUGUGCCUCCCCAGGCAGCUGGGGCCUGAAUGAGGAGGAGAGGCUGAUACGGCACCUGUUCAAGGAGAAGGCCUACAACAAGGAGCUCCGGCCAGUGGCCCGCAAGGAGGACAGUGUGGAUGUCUCGCUGGCCCUUACCCUCUCCAACCUCAUCUCCCUGAAAGAAGUUGAGGAGACCCUCACCACCAACGUGUGGAUGGAGCACGGCUGGACCGACAGCCGGCUACAGUGGAAUGCCAGUGAAUUUGGGAACAUCAGUGUUCUGCGCCUGCCUCCUGACAUGGUGUGGCUCCCAGAGAUUGUACUGGAGAACAACAAUGAUGGCUCCUUCCAGAUUUCCUACUCCUGCAAUGUGCUCGUCUAUGACUCAGGCUACGUGUACUGGCUGCCACCCACCAUCUUCCGCUCCUCCUGCCCCAUCUCUGUUACAUACUUCCCCUUCGACUGGCAGAACUGCUCUCUCAAGUUCAGUUCACUCAAGUACACGGCCAAAGAGAUCACCCUGAGCCUGAAGCAAGAGGUUGAAAAUGAACAAGCCUACCCUGUAGAAUGGAUUAUCAUUGACCCUGAAGGCUUCACAGAGAACGGGGAGUGGGAGAUAGUGCACCGGCCAGCCAGGGUCAACAUGGACCCCAGUGCCCCAGUAGACAGUACCAGCCACCAGGAUGUCACCUUCUACCUCAUCAUCCGUCGCAAGCCACUCUUCUACAUCAUCAACAUCCUGGUGCCCUGCGUGCUCAUCUCCUUCAUGGUCAACCUGGUCUUCUACCUGCCGGCUGACAGUGGUGAGAAGACGUCCAUGGCUAUCUCAGUGCUCCUGGCCCAGUCAGUCUUCCUGCUGCUCAUCUCCAAGCGCCUGCCUGCCACAUCCAUGGCCAUUCCACUCAUUGGCAAGUUCCUGCUCUUUGGCAUGGUGCUGGUCACCAUGGUCGUGGUGAUCUGUGUCAUCGUGCUCAACAUCCACUUCCGAACACCCAGCACACACGUGCUGUCCGAGGGGGUCAAGAAGCUCUUCCUAGAGACUCUGCCCGAGCUCCUGCACAUGUCCCGUCCAGCAGAGGGAGGCCCUGGCCCAGAGGCUUUGAUUCGGAGGAGCAGCUCCCUGGGCUACAUCUCCAAGGCAGAGGAGUACUUCUCACUCAAGUCCCGCAGUGAUCUUAUGUUCGAGAAGCAGUCAGAGCGGCAUGGGCUGGCCCCGCGCCUCGCCACCGCACGCCGGCCCCCAGCAAGCUCUGAACAGGCCCAGCAGGAACUCUUCAGUGAGCUGAAGCCGGCUGUGGAUGGAGCAAACUUUAUCGUUAACCACAUGAGGGACCAAAAUAAUUACAAUGAGGAGAAGGACAGCUGGAACCAGGUGGCUCGAACAGUGGACCGCCUCUGCCUGUUUGUGGUGACGCCUGUCAUGGUGGUGGGCACGGCCUGGAUCUUCUUGCAGGGUGUCUACAACCAGCCCCCACCUCAGCCUUUCCCUGGAGACCCCUUCUCCUACAAAGAGCAGGACAGGCGCUUCAUCUAG